AAUGUUUAAGGGUUGGUACCCCUUACAUGGCUUAUCUUUCGAUAUGCAAAUCGCGGCAUAAAGUAGAGAUCGCGAAAUUCGCUUAGAAUUUUUCAAUCAAGUUUUCGAGUGUGUUGUUGGGUUCAAAAUCGCUCGAAUAUGUAAAUAAAAAUUGUGAACUUAAAACUUGUUAAAAGUGCUUUUUAUUUUGUGCAAUUAACGUGGUGCAUCCAUGUUAUGAGUCAAAAGAAGCGAUGAACGGCACAGAGCUGCUGUAUUCAGCAGCAACUGAUGACGACAACUUAAAUUUUACGGACGUAAACGGUACUCUCUGGACCAAUUCAACAGACUUAGAAAAGGAUGCAUGGGAGCACUGGAGUGCCUUGAUACAAGAUCGUGCGUUAAUCGUGUCUCUUUUACUAGUCUUUCCAAUUGCGACUGUUUUUGGAAACAUGUUAGUGAUACUAGCCGUAAUACGUGAGCGAUACCUACACACUGCGACUAAUUACUUCAUUACUUCGUUGGCGGUCGCUGACUGUUUAGUGGGGCUCGUAGUGAUGCCUUUUAGUGCCCUUUAUGAAGUACUGGAGCAUACGUGGUUUUUUGGUCCGGACUGGUGCGACGUUUGGAGAUCGCUCGACGUCCUGUUCAGUACGGCGUCGAUACUAAACUUAUGUGUUAUAUCAUUGGAUCGUUAUUGGGCAAUAACGGAUCCAAUAGCGUAUCCGAUGAGAAUGACUCGUAUCCGAUCCGCACUUUUAAUUGCUGCGGUAUGGAUAUGUUCAAGUGCAAUUUCGUUUCCGGCAAUCGCGUGGUGGCGCGCAGUGCGAACCGAACCGAUACCCGCUUAUAAGUGUCCCUUUACCGAACAUUUGGGUUAUUUAAUAUUUUCAUCGACAAUUUCAUUUUACCUACCCUUAUUCGUGAUGGUUUUUACCUAUUAUCGGAUUUACCGCGCCGCAGUGAUGCAGACGCGCUCGUUACGUUUAGGAACCAAACAGGUUCUACUAGGAUCAGGAGAACUCGAACUUACGUUAAGGAUACACAGAGGGGGCACGUGCAAAUUGCCCACUUCUGACCCUAGACACCUUUACAGUACUCCGGAGGAUGAGCCCUUGACGGCGUUGCAAAACAACGGCUUAUCUCGGAUCGCUUCCAAUAGAUACGGGAAAAACUUUUCGCUCAGUCGUAAGCUGGCAAAGUUCGCUAAAGAGAAGAAAGCCGCGAAAACUUUGGGGAUAGUGAUGGGGGUGUUUGUGGUGUGCUGGUUACCGUUUUUUGUGGUAAACUUACUUUCUGGAUUUUGUAUGGAGUGUAUAUGGCACGAGGAAAUUGUCUCGGCAGUGGUUACAUGGUUAGGGUGGAUAAACUCAUGUAUGAACCCCGUUAUCUACGCCUGUUGGAGCAGAGAUUUUAGAAGGUAA